GAGGCCGGGACGUGGCGGCUAUAAGGGCCCCACCCAGGCCGCUUGCCUGCUCCGCUCGCCGCGCUCCCGGGACGCACCGCGCUCGCCGCCCGCCCAGAUUCUUUCAAGAUGUCUACUGUUCAUGAAAUUUUGUGCAAGCUCAGCUUGGAAGGUGAUCACUCCACGCCCGCAAGCGCGUACGGGUCCGUGAAAGCAUACCCCAACUUUGAUGCCGAGAGGGAUGCUUUGAAUAUUGAGACGGCCAUCAAGACCAAAGGUGUGGAUGAGGUCACCAUCGUCAAUAUCUUGACCAACCGCAGCAAUGAGCAGAGACAGGAUAUUGCCUUUGCCUACCAGCGAAGGACCAAAAAGGAACUUGCACCAGCACUGAAGUCAGCCCUGUCUGGCAACCUGGAGACGGUGAUUUUGGGGCUCAUGAAGACACCUGCUCAGUACGACGCUUCGGAGCUCAAGGCCUCCAUGAAGGGGCUGGGGACGGACGAGGAGUCCCUCAUCGAGAUCAUCUGCUCCAGGACCAACCAGGAGCUAUAUGAAAUUAACAGAGUCUAUAAGGAAAUGUACAAGACCGACCUGGAGAAGGACAUCAUCUCUGACACAUCGGGUGACUUCCGCAAGCUGAUGGUCGCCCUCGCAAAGGGUAGACGGGCAGAGGAUGGCUCUGUUAUUGAUUAUGAAUUGAUUGACCAAGACGCCCGGGAGCUCUACGACGCUGGAGUGAAGAGGAAAGGAACCGACGUCCCCAAGUGGAUCAGCAUCAUGACUGAGAGAAGCGUGUGUCACCUCCAGAGAGUAUUUGAAAAGUACAAGGGCUACAGCCCCUACGACAUGGAGGAGAGCAUCAGGAAGGAGGUGAAAGGAGACCUGGAGAACGCCUUCCUGCACCUGGUCCAGUGUAUUAAGAACAAGCCCCUGUACUUCGCUAACCGCCUGCACGAUGCCAUGAAGGGCAAGGGAGUUCGCGACAAGGUCCUGAUCAGAGUCAUGGUGUCCCGCAGUGAAGUGGACAUGUUGAAAAUCCGGUCAGAAUACAAGAAGAACUACGGCAAGUCGCUGUACCAGAGCAUCCUGCAAGACACCAAGGGUGACUACCAGAAGGCCCUGCUGUAUCUGUGCGGUGGGGACGACUGAGCUGCUGGGAGUGGCUCCUCGCUUCCAGCUAACAGGUCUAGAGACGAGCUUGCGCUAACCAUUCGCCACCCCACCGCCUCCCGUGCAUGCAGCCCUGUACGGAUGACGUCAGCGUUUCCCUGUCCUCCCCUUAGUUGCAUGAGCACCGCCUGCUUUGCCCCCCUCCGCUCCCCCCCAUAUCUCCUUGUAGCCAAAGACAUGAACAUUCCAAGGAGUUGGAAGUGAAAUCCAUGAUGUGAAAGCCUUUGCCUCUCGUGUCCCUUUGUCAUGAAACAAUGAAUAAACGGACUUUUUACUUUAGAAACAA